AACGGGGAGAGCCACUCAUACAUUUUCUCAUUAUUUAAGUGUAUAUGCGAUCUCUUUUUGGUGCCUUUCCCUUCUUACGAGUCUGGAGACAACUUCCUGGAAACCUUGCUCUGUAGCGGUGCCAAUUCCCCCCACCCCUCCACACGCUGCCAACUGAGUGACGUCUCGCAUGGAGAAAAAAAAAAAAAGAAAAAAAAAAAGGGGGGAGCUGAAAACUCGGCGCGCACACUGAAAUCUCUCAUUCAUUUCGCCCUUAAAGGCGACCGGUUGCAGAGACGGGGAAAAAAAGAGGCGCGGAUUUAAUUAGCUGGGUUUUCUCAGUCCUCUCCUCAGUGAUCGCUCAUUUGCGCGGGUAUUAAUCUCUCUUUUUUUUAUCUAACUGUCUCUCUCUCUCUACUGUGCUCUCCUUCUCUUUUCUCUCUCUGGAGGCUGUGGAGAUGAUUAUGCACCCAUGGGAGACAUACACCAAAGCCGAGCCAAGCAUCCCUGCGCUUCCGUGGAGUUGUUGCGGGCAGGAAGAAUGUCACCCACUUCUGCCGGUGCACAAUUUUCAUUUUGAGCGCUGAUUUUGAGAGAUACUCACUGCCCCUUUGCCCACGGAAUUUGCGGCUGUUAAGGCACAUCAGAUUUUAACAGAGGCUGGCUUUCUCGCGUUUCUAGCAGCCCGUUAUUCUUCGGAGUGCGAUCACUGAUACUCUCCGUCUAAUGGAUAGGGGGAGCUGAAUUACUGUCGGGGGCUUGACUAUUCAACAAGCUGCGCUGCUCGCUCCUCCUGGCUGCACAGCGAUGGGCGCAGUUUGCCUGAGCCUUCCACUCCUCGCUUUUUCGGCCCACUUUGUUGAAUCUCCACCUUGGUGACUAAAAUGGAGAUUUUCUAACAAACUUCAAAAACCAUCAUCAGUCGACUCCAUCGUCCCUACAAAAGUUGAGCAUGGCGCGUCCGGGUGUCUGUGUGUGGAGGCUGUUUUUGCUCCUGAGCGCCGUGGUGGAUUUCGCGCUGCUCCAGGAGACCUACGCGCCACACUCCAUAAGGACACAGGGGCACUUGACCCUCGGCGGGCUCUUCCCGGUGCACUCGAGGGGUCCCGACGGCACGCCGUGCGGGGACUUGAAAAAGGAGAACGGCAUCCAGCGCUUGGAGGCCAUGAUGUACGCUUUGGACCAGAUCAACCAGGACGAGCAACUCUUGCCCAACAUUACCCUGGGCGCACGGGUGCUGGACACUUGCUCGAGGGAUACGUACGCUCUGGAGCAGUCUUUAACUUUCGUGCAAGCCCUCAUCACGAAGGACACAUCAGACGUGAGGUGCACAAACGGGGAGCCGCCGGUGUUCGUCAAGCCUGAGAAAGUGGUAGGAGUGAUCGGAGCCUCAGCGAGCUCGGUGUCGAUUAUGGUUGCCAACAUCCUACGCCUCUUUCAGAUCCCUCAGAUAAGCUAUGCGUCAACAGCCCCGGAGUUGAGCGACGACAGGCGCUACGACUUCUUCUCGAGAGUGGUUCCUCCGGACUCGUUCCAGGCCCAGGCCAUGGUUGACAUCAUCCAAGCCUUAAACUGGACCUACGUCUCCACUGUUGCCUCUGAAGGCAGCUAUGGGGAGAAGGGAGUGGAGGCUUUCACCCAGCUCUCCAAGGAAGCAGGUGGGAUCUGCAUUGCACAAUCUUUGAAAAUUCCCCACAACCCCAAGACGGAGGAUUACGACAAAAUCAUCCAACAGCUGCUGGAAACGCGCAACGCACGGGCAAUCAUCAUCUUCGCCAGUGAAGAAGACAUACGAGGAGUUCUCAAUGCCACCAAGAGAGCCAAUGAGGUGGGCCAUUUCCUGUGGAUUGGUUCGGACAGCUGGGGGUCCAAGGGCAGCCCUAUCCACCAGCUGGAGGACGUAGCAGUGGGAGCAGUCACAAUACUGCCCAAACGCUCCUCCAUUGAAGGAUUUGAUGAAUACUUUACGGGUCUCACCCUUGAGAAUAAUCGCAGGAACGUGUGGUUUGCAGAGUUUUGGGAGGAAAACUUUGACUGCCGACUGCUCAGCGCUUCAAAGAGAGAGGAUAGCAGCCGCAAGUGCACAGGCCAGGAGCGGAUUGGGAUCGACUCCAAGUACGAGCAGGAAGGGAAGGUGCAGUUUGUGAUUGACGCAGUGUAUGCCAUGGCCCACGCUCUGCACAACAUGCACAGGGACUUAUGUCCCAAUCAUCCUGGCGUUUGUCCACAAAUGGAGUCCACAGAUGGGAAGACUCUGCUAAAGUACAUACGCAACGCCAGCUUCAAUGGUAGCGCCGGCACAUCUGUUGUGUUUAACAAGAAUGGCGACGCUCCAGGACGCUAUGACCUGUUCCAGUUCCAGGUGACCAACUCCUCCGGCCCAGAGUACAAGGUGGUGGGACAGUGGGCGGACACCCUCCUGCUCAGGCUGGAGGAGCUUCAGUGGCCAGAUGGGGAGCAGGAGGUGCCCAUCUCUGUGUGCAGUCUGCCUUGCAAAACUGGUGAGAGGAAGAAAAAAGUGAAGGGCAUGCCAUGCUGCUGGAUCUGUGAGCUGUGCGACGGCUACCAGUACCAGUACGACGAGACAUCCUGCAGACUAUGUGCGUACAACAUGAGGCCCAAUUCCAACAGAACGGCGUGCCAGCACAUCCCCAUCAUAAAGCUGGAGUGGCACUCUCCUUGGGCAAUAAUCCCCGUCUUUCUGGCCAUGCUUGGUAUCAUUGCCACCAUCUUUGUGAUGGCAACAUUUGUGCGUUACAACGACACCCCUAUAGUGCGGGCAUCUGGCAGAGAGCUGAGCUACGUGCUGCUAACUGGCAUCUUCCUCUGUUACAUCAUCACCUUCCUCAUGAUCGCCAAGCCUGACAUAGCUGUGUGCGCCUUCAGAAGGAUCUUUCUGGGCCUCGGCAUGUGCAUCAGCUACGCGGCCCUCCUCACCAAGACCAACCGGAUCUAUCGGAUCUUCGAGCAGGGCAAGCAGACAGUCACGGCCCCUCGCUUCAUCAGCCCCACCUCGCAGAUCGCCAUCACCUCCAGCCUCAUCUCCGUGCAGCUUCUAGGGGUGCUCGUGUGGUUCGCCGUCGACCCGCCCAACACGAUCGUUGACUACGACGAGCAAAAAACGAUAAACCCCAUGCUGGCCCGAGGAGUCCUGAAGUGUGACAUCACAGACCUGCAGAUCAUAUGCUCAUUAGGUUACAGCAUCCUGUUGAUGGUGACCUGCACCAUUUACGCUAUCAAGACGAGAGAUGUACCAGAAGACUUCAACGAAGCCAAACCCAUUGGCUUCACUAUGUACACUACUUGCAUAGUAUGGCUGGCCUUCAUCCCAAUUUUCUUUGGCACAGCCCAGUCAGCAGAGAAGCUGUACAUUCAGACAACCACCCUGACCGUCUCCAUGAACCUCAGUGCCUCAGUCGCGCUGGGCAUGCUCUACAUGCCCAAGGUGUACAUCAUUAUCUUCCACCCUGAGCUGAACGUGCAGAAGAGGAAGCGUAGCUUCAAGGCUGUGGUCACCGCUGCCACAAUGUCAUCCCGUCUGUCCCAGAAACCCAGUGAGCGGCCCAACGGCGAGGCUAAGACUGAGCUUUGUGAGAACCCUGCUGCUGACCCCAUGAGAAGAAAGACAGAGAGAGCGCGGGCAUCCCAGCACCACCUGCAGUACCUAUGCACUCCAGGACUGUGGAUAGCAUCCAACCUUCAUUCAGACAUGAUGCAUGAGUCCUAACAGAUGCGAACAGAGCUUUGGGCCUGUGUGACUGGGUCGGUCCCUCAGAAUCAAACCACAGGCUGUAAAACUUGCGACGUGGCCCUCUUCUCUUUGUCUGACGAGGAACAAGUUGCCUGCUGAAAAAAGGGGGUCACUGUGAAUGAGGAUAAACACAAAAACACAGACCGUGAAUCUGCUUGAAGAAAUUUUCUUUUCAAAUGUCAUUAAAGCCAUAUUCUCUUUGGGGUGACCAUUAUCAGAUUUUUUUUGUUUUGUUUUUGUUUUUGUUUUGUAUUGUUUGAGUGAUUUUCUUCUGUGCCUCUUUUUCUCUUGGAGUUGAUUUCAUUACCUUGAACAGCGAGCUCUGCCACACACAGCAUUUUGUUUCGACAACUUCAACUCCACUCAGUCCCAGAUUGUUUUUAACCGAGUGAUGGGCAUUGUGAGUAUAUAUUUUUUUGUAAAUAUUUGAGAGUAUUUUCAUGUUUGAAGAACACCGAAAUAGAUAUCGAGUCUUUGUUCAGUUGGAUUUGGAUGGUAACUAAAAGCACCACAAAGUGUCCACUUUGCAUGUGCCAAUGUAUGUCUGUUCUAUUUGAUGUAAACUAAACAAACAACAACAAAAAAAAGAAUCAUAAGAGAAAUAAAUUCAGAAAAUGAUGAUGAGCUUCAGCAUCCUUCUGCAGUUUUUUUUUAAAUCUUUACCAGAUGUGAAUUUUGUUAGAUUAUGGGAUAUGGCUUUAAAGUGUAACUGGAAGCAUGUUUGUUUCUUAUAGUUUUGUACUCGGUUUAUUUUGCCCAAUUAAAGUGUGGGAAACAUUCACAUCGGAGCAAUCAUGCAAGUAUGUUGUGAUGUCUGUCAAAUGAUCAACAUGUAAUAAAAUAAUUUUGUUAUUGUUUCUACAACAAAAUUGGACAGCAAA